CAGGUCAUUGACCCCACGCUAAAAACCGUCCCAGAGACAACCCUGCCACUUCCUCCCCAAAAGUCGCUGUAAUUUGUGUAAAAAGUCGCUGUAACUGUUACAACCAUGGCAGGAGGAGCUGUAACAACCGUGCUGAGCUACGACAACGCUCUGCUGGCCACCCUGGCUGUGUACGGGUCGCUGCUGGUGCUGAAGUUCCUCUUCGUCUCGGCAGUAACUAACUGGCCGGCGUACCCACACACCUUCCCGUUCCUUCUGAUUGGCCUGUUCUACGUGCUGACGUCACCGGAACCGGAAAUGGCGUCACUGCUGAUCCGCGUGUUUGCGGCCGCCAGUCUGGUGGACAUGCUGAGCAGCAUGCUCAGGUUACCUGAGUUCGUACAGAAGCUGGCGUACUUUGUUGGGACCGCCAUCCUGGCUGCUAUGGCUGUACAGGUGGUGAUGGUGACUCUGGGAAGCUUCAAGGAGCUGAAGUACUUCUACCAACUCCGUGACCUUGUCAUGAAGCAACUCAAGUAGGCCCGCCAAGGUCAUCGGGUCAGACCACUGAGGGGCGCAGGAGGGGCCUGACAUAAUGAAAUAAAAAAUAAUUUUCCAAA